CUCCGUUGUCGGAAACAUUCGCCAGCAGCCCCUCUACGGAGACUGAACCGCUGCGAGUACGGCGUGCAGUCCGCUGUCAAACUAUGGAGCUCCUGCAUGCAAUGGCUGCUUUCUUCAUCCUAACUUGCUCUGCAGUUGCAGUUAAUGCUGACUCACAAUGCAUUCCCAAAAGUUUUGGAUAUGACAGCAUUGUAUGUGUCUGCAAUUCCACAUACUGUGAUGAAUUUGAAACAGUAAUGCAUUUUCCAUCUGGACAGUAUUUACUGUACACUUCAACAAAAGAUGGGCUUCGCUUCAAGAAGAGCAUUGGUUCAUUUUCUGCAAGAAAGAAUGCCUCCUCCCUGACACUGCAAAUUGACAGAGGUACUAAAUAUCAAUCAAUCAUGGGCUUCGGAACUGCAUUUACUGACUCUUCUGCAAUUAAUGUGUUUUCCCUUUCAUCAGAUGCUCAACAAAACCUCAUGAGGUCUUAUUUCACAUCCACUGGUAUCAACUUGAAUCUGGGAAGAGUGCCAAUAGGUGGAUGUGACUUUUCUGUACGUGGUUACACAUAUGAUGAUCAUGAAAACGAUACACAGCUUACAAAAUUUAAUUUGACAUGGGAGGACUACAAUCUUAAGAUGCCUUUGAUUAAAUGGGCCCGGAAUCUGAGGAACCAAAACCUGAAAUUGAAAGCAGCAGCAUGGAGUCCUCCCAUAUGGAUGAAAACAAAUUAUGAGUUCACAGGUUCUUCUCUUCUUCUGGACCAAUAUUACCAGACAUGGGCUGAUUACCAUAUAAAAUUCCUUGAUGCCUACAAAGAAAAUGGUCUUGAGUUUUGGGCAGUUUCGACAGGAAAUGAACCAGCAACUGGAAUAAUUAAUAUACCAGGGAUUAAUUCACUUGGAUGGACACCACAAAGGCAAAGAAAGUGGAUUGUUGAAAAUUUGUUUCCUUCACUCCAUGCUUCCCAACACAGCAACGUUAAGCUUCUUUUACUUGAUGAUCAACGUCUCUUUGUGCCUUUUGUGUUAGAUGAGCUUAUGCAAGAUGAAAGUAUGCAAAAAUAUGUUGAUGGUUUUGCGGUCCAUUGGUACUAUGAUCAAAUAUCUCCAGCUCGGAUAUUAAAUAAUACACAUGAGAAAUACCCCUCAAAAUUUAUUAUAUCAACAGAAGCCAGCAUUGUUACCGUUGGCCCAAAUGUCAGCAGAGUGAGACUAGGUGACUGGUCAAAUGGUGAAGAAUACAUGGCAAACAUAAUAGAGGAUUUCACACACUGGGUUACUGGAUGGUAUGACUGGAAUCUGGCAUUAAACCAGGAAGGUGGCCCUAACUGGGUAGAUAACUAUGUUGAUGCUUCAGUUAUUGUGAAUGCAAAAAAUGAUGAAUUUUAUAAGCAGCCAUUAUUUUAUGCUAUUGGCCACUUUUCCAAGUUUAUUCCUGAAGAUUCAGUGAGGAUUAAUAUUGUUCCAAACAAUGAAAAUGGAAUUGAAACUGUGGCAUUCACAACUCCAUAUAAUGCAACAGCUAUCAUUUUGUUCAAUAAGGGAGAUCAUAAUACAACAAUAUCAAUUGCAGACCCAGAUCGUGGCUACAUUACUCUUUCAAUUCCAGAAAGAUCUUUCAACACUCUAGUGUACUGGUAACAUACAUGUGUGGAAUUUUUAAUAAUGUCUGAAAUUUUUAAGAAUGAUGCCUCAAAUUGUUGAUGGACAUGGAAGAUUAAGAUCUCUUAUAAGACAGCUUAAAUUUGUUUUUUGAUUAUGGACUGAAGAACACAAUUAAUAAUUCAAAUAAAACUAUUUUGUUGUCCAUGUACAAAUAAGUUAAUGAAACGGUGAUGUGUGUGUGGGUGUUUGUUUUUUUUAUUUUACACUCAGUGAGCUGAGACAGCAUGUAAACCAAAUGGCCAGUGCAAUAGAUUAUUAUUAUUUUAUCUUCAGUGCUUGUAAAGGCAUUUCUGAUGAACUGUCCUAUAUCUAAAGCUUUAAUUUCAAAUCAGCCAUCGUACAUUUUUGUGGUGUUAUAACAGCCUCCUUUGAGACCUAAUUUAGUGAACUGCAUGUAGUCUGCUAAAUGUGAUAAAAUCUCUAAAAUAAACAUUUUCAAGUGGCAGUACAUUGCAGUAGUUAUGCUGAUAUGGACAUAUUUGCGUGGGGUACGCUAAAGUAGAGAGCUGCUUCAAAACAAUUUUCAGUCCAAAGAUGAUAACAACAAGAAAAUUUUCCUUGACGUGCUAUCUGUACCUUUAAAUGGCUGUACAAUGCUCUUUGAUUUACAACAUGUAUAUCUAUGUAAUGACUGGAAAAUUUGUGUUUUCAUAUGCAUUUACUGAUAUAUGAUAAUGAGUCACUAUACAGCUUACUGGAACAGCUUUUAUGUGGAUAAUUUUAUAACUUAUAGUAUAAUAUAUGGUAGCAUAUUCUGAAUAACAAAUGAUAUAAUUAUUUCACAGUGAAGUACAAUGCAAAGCAGGCUACUGGUUGCACUAAGCAGCGAUACACAUGUAAACCACUGUAUACAUUUGAGGAAGAGGGUACAAACCCUUGAAAAGCAUUUUGUAUUUUAAUAAAAAACAUGAAUGAUUGACAAUAUCUGUUUUAAUUUACAUUGUAAUGUAAACAGUAAUUUAUAGAGUAGGAUAGUGACGCUCAUAGCUGAUGCAGUUAUUAUAUUAAAUCCCACUAAUGCAUUACAGUCAAGAUACUGUAGCUGCAGGUUCUUUGACCAAAUCUUUUGUCCAUCCAAUGUUUUCAUCCCUGGUGAGUAAUUGUAUUACAGAUUUUGAGGCAUCUCAAGCUCAAAUAGCAAACACAACUAACUGGCCUGUCUGACACUCACAGGCCAACCCAUUAACAAACUACUUAUAAUUUUGAUCUAAUUUUUAAUGUUCCCAGCAACUCUGUUAAUGAAGUUGACAGUCUACAAUAUAAUCUGUGGGUUUGGCUUUCAGGUUCUUGUUUGUUUUUAACUAAUAAAAUACUCUGGAGAAAAAUGAUCUUAAAAACUAAAAUGCAGGUUGACAUCAUUUAUUUCAGCUUUUUAUGGAAUUUCUGGCCUCAUCAUCAUCACAUUCAGUUCCUGGGAUUAGGCUAACUGCCUAUUCUGUCUUAAAAUGUUAUUGCUGAUCUCAUCUCACUUUGUGUCUACCAGGGUUUCUUCUUUCUCACAGACCAUAUCCUAAAAGUUGUUUUUCUUCUGGCAUUCAGCUUACAUGCUCUUACCAUUUAUUUCUAAAUUUCUCUAUUGUGUUUUUUAUCUCCCCAACGUUCAAUUCUUCUCUAAUUUGUUAAUUCCUGAUCCACUCUUGGCAUGUACACCUUUUCACUGCUCUUAGAAAUCUUAUUUCAGGUGCCUAUUUUGUUUAAGAUAGAUAAUUUCCUUGCUACAAAAUAAUGUAAAAAUCAAUUUGUAAAAAUUACUUGUAAAUAUGCUCUCUUGACCUAUCCAAUAUCAUAUGUACAACUGUACAAUACUAUGAUUGCCUGGAUCAAUAAAAUACAAUACAAUACAACGCAUAUCAGCAAAACAGCUCUGUGCACAUACAUGGAACAAGAAACAGCAAUAACAUUCAUGUAUCCUAUGCCAGGACAUCAACCUAUCAGAAAAGUGUUCUUCAUAGAGGUACACAAUUAUAUAAUCACGUUCCCAACAACAUCUAAUUAUUGAAGGAAGACUGUUCAAAAAAAGCUUAAGUCAUUUCUGAUGGAUCAAGGCUUCUACUCUGUAAAUGAAUUACUCGCCAAUUGAAAUGGAAUCUUGUAAUGUAAAAUUUCAAAUGUAAUGUGUGACAGAUCACACUAGUUGUAUGUAUGGCAUUGCAUUAACAUAGUCAUUUGUGUUUACAUCAACCUUGUAAUAAAUUAUAUUAUUGUAUAUCAUUAUGUGUGUGAAAACCUUCUCUGUAUUCUUUAUUGACUUGUCCUAUAGCUGUACAAGAUGUUGCAGGACCAAAAUUAAAUAAAUAAAUAAAAUAAUUAUGUUCGUUA